AUGACCAUGCAAAACAUCUUGUUCAAAGAACACGAAGGACUCGUGCCAAACUCCGGCAACCGGCCACCACCGGAGAUGGCACGGUGGGUGGCAGAGCAGCUGCCGGUGGCGGCUUAUGGCGGCCAUCUCGUGCAGUCGAAGCUCAAGUCUUUGGAACUUUCAGCUUCAGGGGAUGCCACAAAAGGUUGUUGCAAGGGCUCGGAAAAUAACAUCAAGAUAAAAAUGCAGACUGCAUCAAUUGAGCAUCAGAGGCUUCUGAAUCUUCAAUUCGGCUAUUCACCCGUUUUCGCGCAAAAUCCCGAGCUAAACUUGACUCAUGUAGCUCAAAUUCAGUUACAGGGGCGUAUCAUGUUGCCAUUGAGUAUGGCUAGCACCGAAGGAGGGUCGAUUUUCGUGAAUCCGAAGCAGUAUAAUCGAAUCUUGCUUCGUAGGAUGUCACGCGCUCGUGCGUUGAUGAAGAAUCCGGUUCUCGGGCCCCACAAGGCGCGACGUAAGCCGUACAUGCACUUCUCCCGCCACCUCCACGCCAUGCGCCGCCCGAGGGGCACCGGAGGCCGUUUUCUCAACACCAAGAACUCGAGCGUCGCCAGCCAAAAUGCUGCCACCCGUGGAAAAUGGACCGGGCCGGAAGGUUGCCGUGGGAUAUCACUAAAAGGGGUACUUAAUCUAACAAAUGUUACCGGGCCGGGCCCAAAUGAUAGCGGCCCAAAUCACCUUUCAGGCUUCGAGCACUUCCAAUUCGACCAUAUCCACCGUGCGUUCGUCCAGCAGCCGUCUCGGGAAAUGGCUAAUCUCGGGUUUGGUAUCUCUGUGGAGAGUUGCUUCAAGAUCUGA